AUGGAAGUGUACAUUGAUGAUAUGCUCGUCAAGUCAGCUCAGGCCAUAGAUCAUGUCGCACACCUAAAGCAGUGUUACGAGAUACUCAACAAGUACAUCAUGAAACUGAACCCGGCAAAAUGCACGUUUGGCGUUACCUCCGGCGAAUUCUUGGGAUACCUCGUUACCAAGUGCUGUAUAGAAGCCAAUCCGAAGCAGAUCUCGGUGAUCAUCAACCUUCCUUCCCGAAAGAACACACGCGAGGUGCAAUGUCUAACUAGACAAAUUGCCGCUUUAAAUCGCUUCAUCUCCCGUUCAACAGACAAAUGUUUACCAUUUUAUCAGCUCCUUCGCGGAAACAAACGAUUUGAGUGGGACAAAAAAUGUGAAUCGGCGUUCAAGGAAUUAAAAGACUAUCUCUCAGCUCCGCCAGUCCUAGCCAAACCUGAGCAAAGAGAAACUUUGUAUCUCUACAUCGCCAUCUCCUGUUCAGCUGUAAGCGGCGUCCUCGUCAGAGAAGAUCGAGGAGAGCAACAUCCUAUCUUCUACCUCGCAUACGCGGUUGUCAUAUCAGCUCGCAAACUUCGCCCUUACUUCCAAUCUCACACUGUUGAAGUCCUGACAAACCAGCCUCUCCGAACAAUCCUUCACAGCCCAAGCCAGUCAGGAGGCCUUGCGAAAUGGGCAGUUGAGUUAAGCGAAUACGACAUUGAGUACAAGAACUGCACCUGCACCAAGUCACAAGUUCUUGCAGAUUUUCUUGUUGAACCCUCUCCCGAACUCAAAGCUGACACCCCUCCACCCGAGAUAUGGUCACUUCACGUAGAUGGCGCUUCAUCAAAGAUGGGCUCGGGAGUAGGCAUACGCCUAACCUCGCCAACAGGUGAAAUCUUGGAGCAGUCAUUCCGCCUUGCUUUCUCUGCUUCUAACAACAACGUUGAGUAUGAAGCACUAAUCGCUGGACUGCAUCUCGCACACGGAAUUGGCAUCAAGAAGAUCCAAGCUUAUUGUGACUCACAGCUGAAAACAUUGAUCAACCAAGCAUUGACAUCAAACCUGUUGCCUCUUGCUCCAGCCACGUUUCUCGAAGCCGCACACUCAGUGACAGACCCGAACAACGUCUUAGCAAUUGCCUUAGCAGUCACAAGACCAACCCCAACAGCCGCGAAUUCAACCACUCCAGCUAUGCCCGUACCAGCACCCGAUGCCUCCUCGCGCGACGACUGGCAAAUUGAGAUUAUAGCAUAUAUCGCGGAUGGAAUCAUGCCAAAAGACAAGUGGGAAGCAAGGCGUCUGCGCGUUAAGAGCGCACACUACACGAUGUUGGAUGGCAGCUUGUUUCGUUUGGAUGCAAACGGCGCUCUUCUCAUCUGCGUCAAUACGAAGGACGUCAACGACAUCAUGCGAGAGGUUCACGAAGGCGCGGGCGGAAACCACUCAGGUGGCCGCGCAUUGGCACUUCGAAUCCGCCGCAAUGGCACUUUGAAUCCACCACAAUGGACACUUCUGACCAACCAUGGUCGCCGAUUGUACCGCAUUCGCAAACAAAUGCGAAAAAUGUCAGCGUCAUGCACCCUUCAUCCAUUCCCCGACCGAACUCCUGCGCACAACGUCACCACCCUAUCCCUUUAUGCGAUGGACGAUGGAUAUUGUCGGUCCACUUACACCAUCUCGCCAAAAGAAGUACCUCCUAAUCAUGGCGGACUAUUUCACAAAGUGGGUUGA